AUGAUACUCCAGCUCUGUCCUAUACCCAUUGCGUGGUUCAUUACCAUUUUUGUUAUUGUUGUUGUUAAGGAUACCGAUGCGCGCUUGUGGAACUCGUGCCCCCCUCCCCUCCAACUACACAGCUUGCCUCCGCACCCUAUCAUUAUCUGGUGUAGUUGGUCAGAUCUGGAAGUGAUUUCGCGUAGGCAGAACUUAUCCCCUGUGUCAAACUCCGUCUCAUAA